AUGAGGAUGAUGUUCCCCUUGCCUCAGUCUUCAUUUAGGUUGGACAAUCCACUCUACCAGGCCAACUCGCCACCAUCACCGUCAUCAGCAUCGCUAUCUCUUGACCAGCAACUAAUGCUGCAAGCCAGUCUCAUGCAGUACCCACAUUUGGGGGGGUUAUACCCAAACCCCGCCCUGGGGUACGGUUCCUCUCGUUACCCCAUGCCCGCGGAUUUAUUUUCUUCAUCGUCGUCGUUUUCUAAGUAUACAAGUGACAUGCUAGCGGCACAGGCGUCUUGUUUCAAUAAAAAGUCCACUUCAGAUCACUCAAAAUAUUACAACAACAACAACAAUAAUAAUAAUAAUCACAACAACUACAAUAGUAAUAGCCAUAAAAUGAAAAGUCUUAACAGCCAGCUGACAACAACAUCAUCAUCGUCGUCAUCAUCAUCAUCGUCGUAUGGGUUCAACAACUUCAAUGCUAACAAUAAUAACAACAACAACAAUAACAACAACAAUAAUAACCACAACAACAUUAAUAAUAAUAAUAUUAUUAUUAAUGGCUAUCUCACAUCCAAUGAACAAAACUCUAAAAAGAUUCCGGGUCAAAGUUCAUACAGUAACAACAAUAAUAACAACAAUAAUAACAACAACAAUAAUAACAAUAAUAUUAAUAACACUAGCAACAACAACAACAAUAAUAAUAAUAAUACUCUGUCUAGCAGCCAACUGCAACAGCAAUCUAAUUAUUAUCAUUACUACCAGCAGCAACGACAGCAGCUGCAGCAGCUUUCGAAUCAAACUUUUAAAAAUAGCUCAGCGAUCAGCAAUGAACAUCCUGCAAACAACAACAACAAUAACAUUAAUAAUAAUAACAACAACAACAAUAAUAAUAAUAACAACAAUAAUAAUAAUAAAAAUUUGUUGACAAACUCAAGAUCAUUGUAUCAGCAACAACAUUUGAGUGUUGACAAACAACAACAACAACAUCAACAACAACAAAGGUACCAGCAACAGCAACAAUUAUAUGAACAAAAAUUUCAUAGACCAUUUGAGAUAGAUAAACUCUCAGACAAUUUGCAACAGCAACAAGCAACAAAACACAACAACACAUCAUCGUCAACAUCGACAACACCACUUAGCAAAAGAUUCAAAGACGAUAAAUACCAGCUACAACAACAACAACAACUGCGAUCUCAACAACAUCAACAAAAACAUUUAACAACAACAACGACAACAACGACAUCGUCAUCCAAUCACAACUCAACUGUGUUACCCUCGUUCAACGUACCCUCAACUGAAACCAAACAGCAGAAAUUGAAUUCGGUAACACCAUCUUCUCCCACUAAAUCUGAACACUCCCAACUGAACAGCAAUUCCUACAACAACAGCUACUACAAUCAACACUACAGCUCCAUCUACAACUACUACUACAACAACAACCACAACAAUAUCAUUGGUAACCAUCCUUUUUACAGCAAUUUCAUGAACAGUUAUAAUCAAGCUCUUGCUGGCAAAUGUAACGAACUGCCAUUGAAUUUAGCCGUCUCCAAGCAGAAAGCUACUAACCUCAAUAGCAAUACGUCCGACAGCAACAUAGCAGCUGACAACUGCAACACAGCAGCUGACAGCAACACAGCAGCUGACAACUACAACAGCAGCAGCACAGUAGCUGACAACAACAAAAACUGCAGCAACAGCAUCUCUGACUACAACAACGACAUUAAUAACUUUCACGGUGGUAAAAUAUUUGCAGCAGCAGCAGCAACAACAACAACGGCGGCUACGUCAACUACCACAACGACGACAUCAACUACCACAACAAUUACGACCUCGUGCUCGAAAAUCGUCAGUAAGUUAGAUUUGGAAGCAAUGAAGAUGAAAAAAAUUAAAUUGAAGUCGAAGCAACAACAUUCCUCCAACAACAACUUCAACAACGGCAACAAUAAAAACAUCUCUUUUAAACUUUUGGAGAAAUCAAGCAAUAAGAAUAUGACAAAACCAUCAGCAGCAGCACCCAACAACAACAACUUUAAAACAACAACAACUACUACAACUGGAAACAAUAGUAAUGAUGAUGAUUGUAAGAUGGACGUUAGCUAUGGUGAUAAUAAUGGCCACGUACAUGAGGAUGGUGAUGAUGAUGAAGUUGCUGGUGAGGACGAAGACGACGACGAUGAUGAUGGUGCUAAUUACGAUCUGAAGAUGGCUAAACUUACAACUGUCACCGUACAGCCGGCCAUUCCAGAGUUAUUCGAUCUUAGUAAAGAGGAAUUCUUACUGAAAAUCGGCUUAAUAACCGCUGUCAAAGCUAAAGACAUUGAAUACGAGAAGAGAAGAAGGAGAAAAAGAAGAAUGAGAGAAAGAAGCAUCAGUCCAUCAAUAAUGGAUGACGAAAACAAUAAUAAUAUUAAUGAUGAUAAUAAUAAUAAUAAUAUUAAUAAUAAUAAUAAUAAUAAUAAUAAUAAUAAUAAUAAUGAUCAUGGUUUUGAUUGUAGCGCUGAUGAUAUUGUUAUCAACCAUGAUAGUGACGUUUUGACUUGGAUCAGAUCAAACUUGUUUUCCCAAGAACAAGGGUGCGACAAGAUUGAGGCCAUGCUGAAAUUAGGUCUCGUUUUUCAAGCAGCAGCAACAACAAAUUCAGCUAAAUUUUACGGAACACCAAAUAAAAACAGUAUCAACAACGAUAACAAUAACAACAACAAUAAUAAUAACAACAACAACGCCAACUUCACACACGAUGUUUGUGUAGCUAGCCAUCAGUCAAAUCCGACCAAGCGAGGAGGAGAAAACUUCUCCGGCUCCAUUAAAUCAGAUCAAAUAGCCCACAUAGCACCGAUUGAACAGAUGGAUUAUCAUCACCAACAUCCUCCUCUUCCUCUUCAGCAUCUUCAUCAUUCUCCUUCUCGUCACCAUUAUCAGCAACAGCAGCUACAGCAGCCACUGCAACAGCAGCUACAGCAUCAUCGCCGCCGUCUUUCCCAAUCUCCGAUUGGCGAGAUGACGUUUGCUAAUUGCCUAUCGUCCACUCCCGCUUCAAAGAAUAAUAAUACAAAUAGUAAUAAUAAUAAUAAUAAUAAUAAUAAUAAUAAUAAUGAUUACUAUUACCGCUAUUACAAUAACAUUAAUGAUGUCACGGAUAAUGAUAGUAAUAUUAAUAAUAAUGGUAGCGCUAUCUAUAGCAGCAUUACAAGUCCGACUAAAAAUAGAUUUGACCUUGAGAGUGAUGCUUCUGCUCUGCCAUUGGUCAAUAAUAAUGGUACUAGUAAUGGGGCUCACUCAUUGGUCAGUAAUAUUGGGUCGCCGAGUUAUCAUUGGCCUGGUGUUGGCGUCAUCAUCGAGGCUUAUCAACGUUAUGUUGAAGAGAGAUUGACAGAAGAACAAUUGUUGAUGGAGAGCUGUGAGAGGAUGAAUGAGACGAACAUGCAACUUGUCAACAGCUGUGAUGAACUGAACAACAAAAUUAAGUUAAUUUUCACAACGUCAAAGUUAAUCUUGACAAAGUCAAUAUUUCCCUAUAUAUACAGCAAGGAGCACUGA